AUGCCAGUUGUCUCCCACACUACAACAAGCACAGACAUUAGCUCUAACCGAUAUUUCGGAGAAGAUGAAGACGAAUCCAUCUCUGAGAACUACGAUAUGUCUUCUCUUCCACAGCCACUUUCAACUGGCCAUCACCAUUACCAUCAUCAACAUGCCGCUAGGUCAGCUUCUAUGAUAACAAACUAUCAAACAGCUUCUUCUUCAAUAUUCCAAGACAAUCUAAGUAAUAGUACGUCGGAGGACCAUCCUCAUCAUCAUGGAAAUACUUUCAAAAUUUUAAUAAGCGGGGGAGGUUUUGCAGGUCUAGUUUCAGCGUACUAUUUGCUCAAUCAUACCAAUCAAUUUACGACUAAUUAUCAUGGUAAUUUACCAAUUGAAAUCACAAUUGUAGAAAAAGCCUCCAUGUACAGACAAGUUGGUGCAGUUAUCACAUUGGAAGGAGAACAGGUGUUGCGUACUUUGAAGGAAAUGAAUAUCGAAGAGGAAUUGAACAGUAUCGAGAUUCCAAGAACCAAACAACAUUUUUUCACACAGAACGGUCGCCAUGUUAGAAGUUUUGAUGAGAGCUCCGUUAUGGCGGCGCAUCCGACGUUGAAGCGCACUAAAAACCUGUCAGAUAUUCGUCAAGUCAAAAAUGAAUAUGAAAGCAUAAAAAAAUUUAUUCGUUGA